AAAAAUGAAACAUUAUUUAUAUGAUGUAUAAAGCCAACUGGGAAAGUUGCCAAUGAUCACUAAUUUAUUACAGCAAUACUGGAGUAAAUGAUGCAAAUAUUACUAGCACUUAGAAAUAACUAUGAACAAAUUCUUAUUUCUAAGUUAAAUUUAAAAAUAAAACAUUUUAAAACUUCAACAGCAUUCGCUUUUUCUAUGAUUUGGAUAAGACUAAUGGCUUAAGAAAAAUGGUCCACAAUCAGGACAUCCAUAUAAUGUCUUCAACUUCACUACAGCAAAAAAGAACACUGAUUUCCUGCAGGACUAAAAUUUUCUAUUCUAACAUGAACUAUUUCUGUUCAUAUUUCAUGCUUCACAAAUCUUUCCCUUUUUGUGGCUGCUGUCUUCAAUAAUAUGUAGUAUAUCUACUAACUUCAAAAGUGCAAGGUAAGCAAAUGUACAGGAUGAACUGAUGACAUAAGAUGGUUAUUAACAGUGUAUGAUUAAAACUACAAUAUUGAUAAAUUCCUGUAAGAUAACAGCAAUGGUGCAUUUUAGUAUUGUUAGUUAACAUGGAAAACAAUAUUAUAAAAAAUUAAUAAAAAAAAAAAUAAAUAAAAAUAAAAUAAAAAAGAAAGAGAAUAUGCUGAAGCAUGUGCCACUCAAAGAAAUACAGAAUAAAAAGUUCUUGCAAAAUUUAAAAAAAAAAAUUAUAAAAAAAUGAAAUCCUGGAACCACUAAUUUCUAAUUGUUUUAUUUCACGCUUGUUAUUAUGGUACAUUAACCUUUUUAGCCAGUCAUUCACGGUUUAUUAUUGCGCCAGCCCUAUGCUCCUCAAGGAGUAAUAAGGACUAAAUUAAAACUAAACUAAAGUAAUUAAUGCAGGAUGGUGGUACAGAAUUACAAAAAUAUGAAUGUACCCACUGAAAAAAUAUACACAAGUGUAUGGGGCAAAGUAUAUUAUUUAAGUCAGUGACAUAAUCUUCAGUUCAACAUGUUAGCAGCAUAUGGAGAUAAUACAACUCUAAUGUCUCUGAUAAUGUACUGUUUCACCCAACCACACUGUUCAAAAAGAAAAAAAAAUAGUGUAAGCGCAUCACAAAGAAACAUCCCUGGAAUCAUAUUACCAAAUGCAAAAGUGUCACACAAAUAUUUGAAAUAACAAAGAUGAAUGGAAGACGGCUAGUCCAAAUAAAAAAUAUUAAAGAAUCUGUAUUUGCAUUUGUUUUUAUCUCUUUUCAAGUCUUUCAUGGAACCAAGAAUCAGAUAUGGAAAAAGCCCAGGCAUAUUUUUCUGUCACAAACAUAGUAGUAGUGUGUUUGUCUAAGAAGAGGAGAAGUAACUUCCAGGGGAAAUGUCCUCUGCUACAAAGGGAGAAAUGUCAAUCAGUCCUGUUCUCUUUUCUUAAAUGUGAGACAGCUGCUCAAAUUCAAAUCCUUGCGCAGGUGUCACUUCUCCGAGCUAGAAAGCUGAAGGAAUUAGCGGGAAAUGACCGCGUUUCCUUGUGCAGUAGUAGUACCCUCCCUUGGUAACGCUCUCAAUAUGGCUGACAGUAAGGCAUUCUGGGAUGAAUCUUUUGAUUUCUAAUUUUUGUUUUAAUUCAAACACAGGAAAAUAUUUACUAAUAGAUAAUAAGAUUGGAGGACUGUUAUCCCAAGGACUAUGGCUUGGCAAUAAAACAUUCGACUUUCUCUACUGGAAGAAAAUAUAUUUUAACUACAUUUUCACUUUUUUUAACAUCAUAAUGGAUGCGAGCACGAACCAUGGAGCGGUGAAAAUGUCUUGGACAGACGGCCUCAGAAUUGUUGAUAUGUGUGAGCUUGCAAGACAGAUGUACUGCAAAAAGUGUCUUUCUCUUUUAGAUUUAAAUAGCACUAAAAAAGAGACAAGAAUAGGUUUAGCUAGCGUGCUGUUUAUUACAUGUGGCUGCGGGGUUGUUAACGAAGUCCACUCAAGUAAGAAACUGCUAUGGGAAGGAAAGCAAGGCCACAUCGAAGCCUACCAGAUCAAUGUGUCACUGCUCAAGAGUGACUCAGUGACAGUUAGAAACUUCUUGGCAGUGUUUCAUAUUCCAUGGGAACCUCUCCCAGUAUCUGCAGACAUCACAGACAGCAUUGAAGGGGUUUUACAGCAGAGUGACCAGGCAAUUAACAAGUCAACAAGGUCAGGCUGAUCUCCCAUCGAAUAAAAAUAUGUGUUUUCAAGAGGCAUGUUCUCAAGAAAGCUUGGGUCUGCAGUAUCAUCUUCACUGUUCAGCAAUUUCAGAGUUGCAUAAAAGCUCUCAUCUAAAUCAUCCUGCAUCAGUUUCUCAUGAACGAGCAGAGCUAGUGCAUCUGAAUGAAGAUGAUAUUGAAGAAAGCCUGCAUGAUGGUGAAAUAAUAACGGACAAUAAUGAUAAUGACUCCUCUAAACCUAAUUGUAGUUCAAAUUUAUCAGUAUCAGGAAUAGAUAUAGACAUAGUGGACAACUCUUCAUGGGAGUCUGAAAACAGUGAAUGCAACCAGCACUGUUUACCACUAGCAUGCAGUUUGUCAAACGACAAGAAGUCAACUGUAAUUGUUUCCAACAAACAUCAAACAACUAAGGUCAAGCAGUCAAUAUGUCCAUCAGCAAGGCAUGGGAAAAGAAAACUACAGAAUGCUGUGAAGACGAAUAAUGAACUGGGUCUACAUAAAGAUGAUAAAGUCACUUCUCCAGCAUUUGCAGAUAACUUGUCAACAUCUCUUGUGGGCUUGGCAAAGUCUUGCAAUCAUAAAAGAAGUAUGAGGCGGGCAGGCCAGUUGGACAAGAUGCUCACCUUGUCUGAGAAGAGAAAGGGAGGUCAGGCCAGACACAAGCAUGGCCCACCUUCUGCAGAGUUCAAGUGUCUGGAGUGUUCCAAGAUAAUGUGCUCCUCAAGAAGCCUGAGAACUCAUCUGAAGAAAGCUCACAUAAAAUUGCCAACAAAUACUCUAAAUGCAUCUACAAAAAAUGCCAAUGAAAUACAACUGCCAGACCAGACUAGAAGUGGUAUUGCUGAACCUCUCCAAGAAGGCUGGGCAUUACAGAAGGACCAGACAGUUACUUCCACAGCAGAACAAGGUGUGAAUGGAAAGUGCCAGGAGAAUAUUCUAGACUCUCCAGAUAAAAAAAACAUUUGCUUACAUAAUGCACAACUUAAACAUAUUUCUCGGAAAAGCAUAGUUCACAAAUCAGAGAACCCCAAAACUGUGCAUGAUCGUUUGAAGUUGUGUGGUGGUCGAGACCUUCACUGUGGCAGACAGCAAGAGCAGCCGGUGCGAAAGCAACAUGUUUGCAAAAAAUGUCCUGCAGAAUUUCUUACAGCAAGCCAAUUAAAAAUACACAGCAAAUCCCAUGCAACUUCUGAACCAGCCGAAGUUCAUGAGUGUACCAUCUGCUUGAAAACAUUUCCUAACGGAAGGAGAUUGCGGGCACACAGAACAACACAUACCAGAGAGGAACGGCUAUGCCCUCUAAAGCGGUAUAAAUGUGAGUUGUGUGGUGAAGAAUUCAAGAAGAACUAUUUCCUCCAGAUUCAUCUACGGUAUCAUAAAGGGGAAAGGCCAUACAAAUGUCCAAUCUGUGAGCUGACAUUUGUGACCAAGCCUGAGCGCCGUGCACAUUUCAAGAAGUGUGUUGUGAAAAAGAAGACUUAUCUAUGCGAGCAGUGUGGCAGCAGGUUUGGCAGUGCCUGCACUCUUCGCAAACAUGAACGUGUUCACACAGGAGAGAAACCACAUCGCUGCAGAUACUGUGAAAAAGCGUUUAGCCGCACCAAUACCCUCAAAAUCCACGAGCGACAACACACAGGAGAGAGGCCCUAUGUGUGUGAUCAGUGCACAGCUGCAUUCAAACAGCGAGUGAGUUUGGUGACACACAUGCGUAGUAAACACAACAUCAAUGUGACAUUAUAUUCUCAGCCACGGGACGGCCCACGUUACACACACUCUGUUCUGGCAUGGAAACAUCACAGCAGCGAUGGCAAGCCAGCAGCUACAGAUCCAGAACUUUGCAAACCAUCUAGUUUUGCAGAGCAUGCCAGUCCACAAUGUGUUAGCACAGAGCAUGUAAACACAGUUCAUCAGCAUGUGUCCGUAAGUCUUGCCCCGAAUUUCAAGAACGAGUCCAGUGAUAUGUACACCCUUUCGCAUGUGGCUGCAGACAUUGACCAGACACCCAUCCCUGAUGCUCCAUUGCCACAAGCCAUUCUGAUGCCACCAUCAGGCAUGAUUCAUUUUAGCUCGUCAUCCAGUGAGAACAUUGUUGAGCUAGGCCCCGCUGCUCGCAUUGUUAGUUUGUCACAAGAUGUCCCUCAGAUGAGAGCUUCUGUGGACCAGCAGACAGCAGUUUUGCAAGAGAGCCACAUUGUGUCUACUAUUCAAGCACCCGAGGCCCAGAUUCUUGCAAUCCCAUCUCAGGAAACUGGCAUUUUCACCUUAUGUCAUCCAAGCUUGUCAGCAGCACUGGAAAGUGUGUACUACAACUGAAAUAUUCCGUCACUGCAAUGGUCUGUCAUCUUGUGUUCAGCUGAUUUGCCCUGCUGAAUGUGUUGAUGCAGUAUGAUUAUGUUCGGAUAACAAAUCAAAUCUAGAUAUGACCUUGAAGAAGAUUGUGGUGGAUACCUGGUACUGCUUGUUUCCAUUGACAUCCCCUGCAGCAGUGAUAUAGGAAAAGCAAGCAUUGCCUUCUUUCAGUUUUUAAUGGGAGCUCAGUGCAUUGGGCAAAUCAGUUUGAUCACUUCAUUUGAAAACAAAAUGGGGAAAAAAAGGAGAGAAAUGAUAUUGAAACUGCUACCUAUCCUCAUCAAAAAGAACAUAAGAGGAAAGGAAGAUGAAGAAAUGCUUUAGCUCUACACAUGCGGUUCAGAGUUCCUUUAUUGUAUUUCUUGGAGUCAUCUUUGCUUCAAGCCUCAUGGAGACUGCAGAAAAAUAGUUGCCACCGGUUUUCCCAACAGCAG